CCUCUUCGGCACCUCUGAGAGAACUUAAUAAAGGGAAAGUGUUUCACUGUUCACUAGUCUUAAAAAAGAGUACUGGUAUGAUAUCUGCCUGACGGUUAACAGAAUACAUUUUAAAUAUACUGGUAAAACACAGGCUGAUGAGAAUUUAAACAAAAAAUAGGACUGUUGAUGUAUCAUAGACUUCUGAAGUUCUACCCAGCAAAAGAAUAGCAACAAACAAACGUCAAUGGAAGCAGAAACAAGCAGAACAAUUGCAUCUGUCAUAGUGCAAGAACUAGGAUAUGAGAGUCACCCAGCUCAGCCCCAAAUACAGAGUCCAGAAAACCUGGAAGUUGUAGGAAGACUGGGGCCCCAUUUGGAGAGCACAGUCAUGGAGAAUGGACAAUUCCAUCAGCCAGAAAAUGAGCACAGAACUAUAAAUUAUACAGAAGAAAACAGCCAGAUGUCUGUACAUAAUACUCAGCCCAAAACCAUCUCAAGUGGUAGACAUGACCCAAAGGACACCUUUGGGAUAAUUAAUGCCGGCUUUGUUGGGGAACCUCCACCUUAUAGUCCACCAGACCCAAAGACAUUGCACUUGUUGUGUCCAUCUUAUCAGACAAAUUUUACUGGACAAAUACCUACGCUGUAUCAACCCCAGAGCAUGGACUACAUGUUCUAUCAGCAGCAAAACUUGCAGCCUGGAACAUACACCUGUCCUGUUUUUACUGGUCCUGUAAAUGGUUUACCAGCAACAGCAGAGAGGAGACACCUCUCCAAAGACUACAUGAUUGAAUCCAUCCUGGUGACGGCCUUCUGUUGUUUCCUCACUGGAAUUGUUGCUAUUGUUUAUUCUCAUGAGGCUCGAAUGGCGACAAGUCGAGGUGAUAUGGUCCAGGCAGCUAACACGUCAAAGAAAGCUCGAUCUCUGGUCCUUUUCAGUUUAAUAUUUGGGGUGUUUGUUUCAAUUAGCUGGAUUAUCUAUGUAGUGGUAUUCCUUUAUUUCUCCUGAUAGCAGAGGAUUGCCUGUUCAAAGACUUCAUAACAUGAUUUGUUCCCUUCAUCAUACAACCUGCAACAUCUUUGUAACAAUCACCAAGCGUGGACAACAAUCUACAGGGUGGCAUUCUGUUUCCUGACACAGAAAUCAUGACACGUAGCCACUUCCAUUUAACUGUACCAAUGCCUGGGGCAAAUGUUAAGUGCGUCUCUGUCUACUAUGAGAUCUGCUGUGCUUUUUAAAAUAAGUAUCACUGUCGAACAUUUGAUAAUUUCAUCAUCCAUGAAAAAUGUUAUAGAAUUAAGACAGACUUCUGAACUGCAGUUUUGAUAAAGUAGUCAACAGCACAAUACUUCUGAUGUAUAUUAACAAUAGUUUUUAAAAUCACUUGCGUGUUUUUCUACAACAAGAGAAAAUAAAGCAUAGCUUAGUCACUCUA